AUGUCAUUACGUCAUUAUAUUAUUCUCCAUCGGUAAACGAACACCAUAUACAUGUAAUAUAGAAAUCCCGUUUUAAGUACAGCCUUUCCGUAGUAAGUCCUUUCCCCAUUUUAAAGGAAUUUUGUCAAGCGUUCUUUAUUACAGUGAAGAAACCGUACCGACCAGGUCCUUCUAUUCACUUCAAACACACGUACACACAUAUAUGUUUUAUGUUCUGAUUGACAAAAUCUUUUGCUUUCCCUCUCUGCAGAGGCAAGGCAUUCACUAAGCUGCCCUCAAGCGUUUCUAAAAUAGACGACCAGUAAACUUUCACUCUCUGAUUGUAUUUUUGUUACAAGCUGCAUCCAACUGGUAUUUUCGUACAGCUUACACAUUAUAUUGGUGAAUAAUUAUCACCUAUUUACUGAGACCGAGGGUGAACAGUGUGUUUUGUGAACCCGAGACCGCCGUUGUUCAAUGGCAACAACGGCGGUCGAGGGGCCACAAAACAUACUGCAUUCCCGAGGUCCCAGUAGAUAAGUGUUUUGUUAUAUAGUUUAAAAGUGUGAAAGUAUGAAUAAUUCAUCGGUUAUUGGAGUGAAUUUAAUUAGAAACCAAAACUGGAGAAACGGAACGGCUUAAAUGUUUAAUAAAAAGUUUAGAAAAAGAACUUUGUAACUUCAUGGUUGGCACGUAUGCGCAUUGGGCCCAUUUUAUUGUUGACCGGUCAAUAAAUGUCUCAUUGUGGAUCGGUCGCCUCUUCAGCAAAGCACGCAGUGAACAUUGCGUUUUGCGGACCGGCACGUGAUACAGUUUUGACCAAUCGGCAAACAGAAAAAUUGAAGUUUGGCACUAACUAUAUAACAAUUAUCACUUAUUUACUGAGACCGAGGGAAACAGUGUGUUUUGUGGACCCGAGACCGCCGGGUUCGAGGGGCCACAAAACACAUUGCUUUCGCAAGGUCUCAGGAAAUAAAUGUUUUGUUAAAUAAUAUAUAAGUGUCAAAGUAUGAAUAAUUCACCGGUUAUUGGAGUGAACUUAAUUUGAAACCAAAACUGGAUAAACUGAACGCCGUAAUUGAAUUUAAAAAACCAAUUGUAUUGUUGACCGGUCAAUAAAUGUUUUAUUGUGGACCAGUUGCCUCCUCGCAAAAGCAUGUAGUGAACAUGACAUUUUGUGGACCGACACGUGAUACGGUUUUAACCAAUCAGAAAUCAGAAAAAUUGAACUUUGACACUAACUAUAUAACAAGGCUAUAUAUAUAUAAUAUGCCAACCUUUGAUAAUUUUAAAAUUUUGCUUAAUAAAGUGGUAUGUUGACUAAAUAAUUUACUACCAGAAAAUAUUUCGAAACUACAGUAUAUAAUAUUGUAAAUAGCAUUCCUUUAUAUAUAUUUAUUUGUAGUAUAGCUGAUGUAAUUUAACCUUUGGUUACAAAAUCAGUAAAUAUAUUAGUAAUAAUAGUAAUAAUAUUAAUAAUAAUAAUAAUAAUAAUGAUAAUGAUAAUGAUAAUUAUAAUGAUAGUGAUAAUGGUAGUGAUAAUGAUAGUGAUAGGGAUAGUGAUAGUGAUAAUGAUAAUGAUAAUGAUAAUAAUAGUGAUAGUGAUAAUGAUAGUGAUAGUGAUAGUGAUACGGAUAGUGAUAGUGAUAAUGAUAGUGAUAGUGAUAGUGAUAAUGAUAGUGAUAGUGAAAGUGAAAUUGAUAGUGAUAGUGAUAAUGAUAAUGAUAAUAAUAGUGAUAGUGAUAGUCAUAGUGAUAAUGAUAAUGAUAGUGAUAGGGAUAGUGAUAGUGAUAAUGAUAGUGAUCGUGAUAGUGAUAAUGAUAAUAAUAGUGAUAGUGAUAAUGAUAGUGAUAGUGAUGGGGAUAGUGAUAGUGAUAAUGAUAGUGAUAAUGACAGUGAAAUUGAUAGUGAUAAUGAUAAUGAUAAUAAUAGUGAUAGUGACAGUCAUAGUGAUAAUGAUAGUGAUAAUGAUAAUGAAAGUGAUAGUGAUAAUGAUAAUGAUAAUGAUGAUGAUAAUAAUAGUGAUAAUGAUAGUGAUAGUGAUAGGGAUAGUGAUACGGAUAGUGAUAGUGAUAAUAAUAGUGAUGGUGAUAAUGAUAGUGAUAGUGAUGGUGAAAGUGAAAUUGAUAGUGAUAGUGAUAGUGAUAAUGAUAAUGAUAAUAACAGUGAUAGUCAUAGUAAUAAUGAUAGUGAUAGUGAUUGGAUUAGUGAUAGUGAUAGUGAAAGUGAUAGUGAUAAUGAUAAUGAUAAUAAUAGUGAUAGUGAUAAUGAUAGGGAUAGUGAUACGGAUAGUGAUAGUGAAAAUGAUAGUGAUAGUGAUAAUGAUAGUGAUAGUGAAAGUGAAAUUGAUAGUGAUAGUGAUAAUGAUAAUGAUAAUAAUAGUGAUAGUCAUAGUGAUAAUGAUAGUGAUGGUGAAAGUAAAAUUGAUAGUGAUAAUGAUAAUGAUAAUAAUAGUGAUAGUGAUAGUCAUAGUGAUAAUGAUAGUGAUAGUGAUUGGAUUAGUGAUAGUGAUAGUGAAAGUGAUAGUGAAAGUGAUAGUGAUAAUGAUAAUGAUAAUAAUAGUGAUAGUGAUAAUGAUAGGGAUAGUGAUACGGAUAGUGAUAGUGAAAAUGAUAGUGAUAGUGAUAAUGAUAGUGAUAGUGAAAGUGAAAUUGAUAGUGAUAGUGAUAAUGAUAAUGAUAAUAAUAGUGAUAGUCAUAGUGAUAAUGAUAGUGAUGGUGAAAGUAAAAUUGAUAGUGAUAAUGAUAAUGAUAAUAAUAGUGAUAGUGAUAGUCAUAGUGAUAAUGAUAGUGAUAGUGAUUGGAUUAGUGAUAGUGAUAGUGAAAGUGAUAGUGAAAGUGAUAGUGAUAAUGAUAAUGAUAAUAAUAGUGAUAGUGAUAAUGAUAGGGAUAGUGAUACGGAUAGUGAUAGUGAAAAUGAUAGUGAUAGUGAUAAUGAUAGUGAUAGUGAAAGUGAAAUUGAUAGUGAUAGUGAUAAUGAUAAUGAUAAUAAUAGUGAUAGUCAUAGUGAUAAUGAUAGUGAUGGUGAAAGUAAAAUUGAUAGUGAUAAUGAUAAUGAUAAUAAUAGUGAUAGUGAUAGUCAUAGUGAUAAUGAUAGUGAUAGUGAUUGGAUUAGUGAUAGUGAUAGUGAAAGUGAUAGUGAAAGUGAUAGUGAUAAUGAUAAUGAUAAUAAUAGUGAUAGUGAUAAUGAUAGGGAUAGUGAUACGGAUAGUGAUAGUGAAAAUGAUAGUGAUAGUGAUAAUGAUAGUGAUAGUGAAAGUGAAAUUGAUAGUGAUAGUGAUAAUGAUAAUGAUAAUAAUAGUGAUAGUCAUAGUGAUAAUGAUAGUGAUGGUGAAAGUGAAAUUGAUAGUGAUAGUGAUAAUGAUAAUGAUAAUAAUAGUGAUAGUGAUAGUCAUAGUGAUAAUGAUAGUGAUAGUGAUUGGAAUAGUGACAGGGAUACUGAUAGUGAUAAUGAUAGUGAUAGUGAUUGGAAUAGUGAUAGUGAUAAUGAUAGUGAAAGUGGUAGUGAUAGUGAUAAUGAUAAUGAUAAUAAUAGUGAUAGUGAUAAUGAUAGUGAUAGUGAUACGGAUAGUGAUAGUGAUAAUGAUAGUGAUAAUGAUAGUGAAAGUGAAAUUGAUAGUGAUAGUGAUAAUGAUAAUAAUAGUGAUAGUGAUAGUCAUAGUGAUAAUGAUAGUGAUAGUGAUAAUGAAAGUGAUAGUGAUAGUGAUAAUGAUAAUGAUAAUGAUGAUGAUAAUAAUAGUGAUAGUGAUAACGAUAGUGAUAGUGAUAGGGAUAGUGAUACGGAUAGUGAUAGUGAUAAUAAUAGUGAUAGUGAUAAUGAUAGUGAUAGUGAUAGUGAUGGUGAAAGUGAAAUUGAUAGUGAUAGUGAUAAUAAUAAUGAUAAUAAUAGUGAUGGUGAUAGUCAUAGUGAUAAUGAUAGUGAUAGUGAUUGGAAUAGUGAUAGGGAUAGUGAUAGUGAUAGUGAUAAUGAUAGUAAUAGUGAUAGUGAUAGGGAUAGUGAUAGUGAUAAUGAUAGUGAUAGUGAUAGCGAAAGUGAUAGUGAUAAUGAUAAUAAUAGUGAUAGUGAUAGUCAUAGUCAUAGUGAUAAUGAUAGUCAUAGUGAUAAUGACAGUGAAAGUGAAAGUGAUUGUGAUAAUGAUAAUGAUAAUAAUAGUGAUAGUGAUAAUGAUAGGGAUAGUGAUAAUGAUAAUGAUAGUGAUAAUGAUAAUAAUAGUGAUAGUGGUAGGGAUAGUGAUAAUGAUAGUGAUAAUGAUAAUGAUAAUGAUAAUAAUAGUGAUAGUGAUGAUAGGGAUAGUGAUAGUGAUAAUGAUAGUGAUAAUGAUAAUGAUAAUGAUAAUGAUAGUGAUAGUGAUAGUAUACAGUUAAUGUCUGCACCCGAGGGAAAUAGUUUUGUUUUUUCGAGAAUCUCAAUGUUUCCCGAGACGAAGUCCAGGGAAACAUUGAGAUGCGAGGGAAAACAAAACUAACAAUUUCCCGAGGGAAAAGACGUUAAGUGUUUUGUUAUAUAGCGACGAAACAAAUAUCAACAUUGAACAACAUUCAUACAACAAUAUUUGUAUUUCAUGACCAAAACUCUAUAGCGUAAACGAGUUUAAAAUUUGAAAAACCUACUUAAAUGGUUUCAGCAGCAUAUCCUGUUGCCUGUUAUGUAUUUUUCUUCUCUUUUACAUUCUUUAUUUUAACACAAAGCCACGAAAACGGUAGUUUAAAUGGUAUAAAUUUGUGCCGCUAUUUUGUUUACUUAUGUACGUAGCCGGUCGGGGCGGGCAACAAUUUUUCACUUAUUACCCGGGCGGGAUACAUUGCAUUUAUCUAAAGCCACGUGACUACAAAUCAGCCAAUCACGUUUGGUGUUCACACUAGCUAUAUAACAAUGAUAAUUAUAGUGAUAUUGAUAAUGAUAGUGAUAGUGAUAAUGAUAAUGAUAGUGAUAAUGAUAGUGAUAAAGAUAAUGAUAGUGAUAGCGAUAGUGAUAAUGAUAGUGAUAGUGAUAGCGAUAGUGAUAGGGAUAGUGAUAGUGAUAAUGAUAGUGAUAGUGAAAGUAAUAGGGGUAGUGAUAGUGAUAGUGAUAAUGAUCGUGAUAGCGAUAGUGAUAUAUAUAUAUAUAUAUAUAUAUAUAUAUAUAUAUAUAUAUAUAUAUAUAUAUAUAUCACAUACAUGUACCUUUAUCAGGUAGGAAGCAGCGGGACAUAAAAACGAUAUCGUCCCGGAUAUCGUUUUUUGUCCCGGAUAUCGUUUUUUGUCCUGGAUACCUUUUUUUGUCCCGCUAAAUUUCGCGCCUUGUCAAAACAAAGAUGGCCGACUCGAGGUUCGUGUUGCUUGAUGUCCAACCUCGUUCCCAGGGCUUCAGUGUGAGGACGAGGCGAGACACGAGGAAGCCCUGGUCCGGGCCGAUCACGUGACGUCAAAAAAUGGCAGUAUUUGACAGCUACUCGUCAAGGAGUGGCGAGAUAUUCUUUAAUGAAAUAUACAAGUCUUCGAAACAAAUGAAUAGCCAAAAGACUUCUCAAUCGAUAUUAUUUAUGUGUAGAGCGAAGUUUGACACGAAUCAGCUAAAAUCUAUGAAGAUCCCGUCUAUGUUUUCUAAGAUAUACCGAUAUUUCUGGAGAUUUUCAACUACAGGCAAAGCUCUGCAUCCAAGCUAGCUGCAUCUAGGCGUCUCCAUGCAAGUGGUGAUUCACACGAAAUUUCCUUUCUCUCGUCUUGAACAAUAUGGCUAUUGCUAUAAUUAAUAUUUAGUUUAAAUAUGCUCUUAUAGAUCUGACUUAGUUCAAUAUAUUAAAUAAACACAAAUUUAAAACCUCGCGUAACCUGUUUACGCUGUACAGGAAUAUACGGUUCGCUUGUUUCGCCGGACACCAACACUUGCCGUUCAGGAGCAAUGCUUGCCUACAAAUUUUAUCCCCUUCACAAUCUUUGUUUUAUUUUAUCGUAUAGUCGCAAUUUUCAAGUAUUCGGCGUAUUCUGAAACUGAAAAACUGGGUGGCGUGCGAAUCUUGUAGACUACAUCGGCCUAGGCGUAUAUUAAGUAAACAGGGCCUAAAUUAAUUUAGUAGUUUCAUUUAAUUGUUUGUCUUGCUUUUAUUUUUUUCUGUACAGAAUAUUGUAAAUUAAAAUAUUAGUACAAUGCAAUACGCGUAGUAUUUCAUCAGACAUCUGCACUAAUAAAUACUGUACAAGGAAAACUUAAAGAAUAGUAGACAUUUCUUGUUUUGUCAGGAAACAUCACAGCUCACUCCGACACGCCUUUUGAGUUUUGUAACCGGCCGAGGCGAAAGUAAAUCGUGCAGUCGGGAAAACGUCUUACUUUGAAAGAUUAUUUUGCAAAGCAUACUCGUACACACAAGAAUUAUAAAAAUACAAAUGUUGAAUUGUAUUGUAAUUUGUUAUUGUCAACCGUCAAGUUCAGUUAUUUUUAGACAAUAUGGUGUUAGCCAAUCAGAAUGCAAAAGUGACCGGCCCGGACCAGGGCUUCCUCGUGUCUCGCCUCGUCCUCACACUGAAGCCCUGGGAACGAGGUUGGCUUGAUGUCGACAGUUUAUCGAAGAAAACAAGAACGAAAUACAAAACGAAAAACUUAAAUUGUAUAUAUUAUUUAUAUGAAUGGUCUAUUUAUUUUCUAAAAUCAUAUUUGUUCAGUAAAUGAUGAAUUGUUUUGAAUUCUAAAAUGAUCCUAUUUUUUCAAAACUGUUUACUUUUGGGUGUCAAACCCUGAUAAAGGUACAAGUAUAUAAUAAAUAGGUUAUCGUACUCGGGAUUCGGUGAUAUCAGUUUUAUCGCUCUCGGGACGAUAUUACAAUUGUGAUAUCAUCCCUCGAGCGAUAAAACUGAUAUCACCUCAUCCCUUAUAUGAUAACCUAUGUACUAUUUAAAACACGAGUAGGAGUGUUUUAUCAGAUAUAAAACGCAAGGCGCAGCCGAGCGCUUUAUGUCUGAUAAAACACGACAACGAGUGUUUUGAAUAGCUUAAAAUACGACUACAAAAGAAUGCUAAUUAGGAUGAACCAUUAUAUAAUCAUAUUAAUUAGGAUGAACAAUUAUAUAAUGCCAUGCACAUGCUUUAUCAGAUAUAAAGUCACUCCAUGUGACAUAUUAUGGCUGACAUGAUUUGCCACAAGGUUUAUGAAUUAUUAAUGAGUAUUAUAAAUAUAUAUAUAUAUAUAUAUAUAUAUAUAUAUAUAUAUAUAUAUAUAUAUAUAUAUAUAUAUAUAUAUAUAUAUAUAUAUAUAUAUAUAUAUAUAUAUAUAUAUAUAUAUGUAUAUAUAUAUAUAUACAACUUGAGUAUUUAGAACGAUAUACACCAUGCAGACACUGGUAUUGUACUUUAUAGUAAGUUAUUUCAUAUUUCGUGCAUUACAAUAAUCUACAGCAGGUACAUUAUAAAUCUUAUAAAGACCUUUCAUUGGCAUUGCCUUUGCCCAUUCAGGUCUUUUCUUGAAGAGUAACCCGGCUUAAGAUACCGCUUAUUUCGACUUUUAUAAUGCCGCUGCAUGUGAGUCAUCAAUAGUCAAUAUUUAAAUAAACUUUAAUCUUUAUCGUAUACUGUAAUGACAAUUUAGAAGUUUAACCAAACGAUACUGGAGGCAAACAACCUAUCUAUCAAUGGAAACUUUAAAAGGCUUAUUAAAACUCAUUAAGUAAUUCUAUGAGCUAGACUUUGUGCGCAUAUACAGUUUAUAAAUUAUGUAUAUAAUAUCCCUGAUAAAACGUGGGGACACUUUAUACCAGAUAGUAUAAUAAAAUUACUUUGCUAAACCUUUUCGGCUAUCAUUCCUUUGCAUUCAAGGGGCGAGGGUGAAUGGCGAUAUAAUUCCUAUGCGAGAUUCUGUGCAAUAUUUUGACUUUAACAAACAGAUCACUCGUGCAGACAAAAAAGAAAUGCAUAGCCUACAAUUGUGAAUUGUCGUAUAAUUCUGUACUGUCGAUCGACAAACAAUAUUUUACGUGAACACUCCUUCCUACAUGGUGUUUAACAUAAACAAUGAUAACCUUUUUUAAAAAGUCUAGAGCAGUAUGUCUAUAAACAUUUUUAGAGUCAAUGGUCAAUAGAAUGGACACUCAAUGUCUAUUUGGCUAGUGUCCAAAAUCGAAAUGUGUAACGUUUGCUUUAAGACCAACAAGGCGCUACGACCUACACACGCUUUUGAGACCUUUGUUUAACAAAAUUUAUACCGUUUCCAACAAUUCAAUGCAAUAAUAAUGGCAUACAUAAAUAUCUGAACAGGAGACCGAACGGAAACAUACGUUGAAAUGAAACUGCUCCGAACCCCGAGAGAAUAAAAGGGCAAAUAUUUCAAAGCAUACGACCAUACAUUUUCGUUGCUUGAUUUCCCGACUUGUCUAUUGCUAUAAGAAUCUACAGUUUAGCAUGUUUGUAUAAUUUAAAAUCAAACAGAAAACAAUUUAGGGAGUAUUUUGAAGUAUAUAUGAUUCUCAAAGAUGAUUGUACAAAACGGCCACCCUUGCAAUUGAAGUGUGAAGUGCGGAAGUGGAAACAUGUAAUAUGAGACUUUUCCAUCCCCCACUCAGGCUAUCAAUUUUCUAUGGGUCACAUGACCAGCCCCGAAGAAGGGAAGAGCCUGGGAACGAGGUUGUGACAUUAUAUAGAUCGCAAAUAG